CUCACACUGACUAAGAGGUGCUUACUUUAAUGUGAGAGAAGAGCGCUGAUACACCAGACACCUGACAUUCUCAGAGACACAGACGAAGGAUAGGACCAUUGAGAAGAUGGCAGUUCCUGUGAAAAUUCUGUGUAUCCUGAUGCUGCUACUGCACAAGAGUACUCAUCCACAAGUGUUUAAUGAUGAGGACACUCUCAAUCUCCCUGCAAAUUAUGCAGUUGGCUGGAUGGAAACUCUGGAUGAUGAAAAGUUAAUUUCUACCAUGACCAUUCCUGGUACCCAUGAUUCCAUAGCUCUUCAUGGAGGACUACUAGCUAAAUGUCAGGCAUGGUCACCAGAGAACCAGUUAAAGGCCGGGAUACGAUACUUCGACUUGAGAGUGUCUGGCUUAGGAUUAAUAAUUAUGCAUGGACCGAUUUACCAAUUUACAACAUUGCCAAGAGUUCUCAAAAUAAUCAGGGCAUUUUUAGAUGAUUUCAGUAAGGAGACAGUGCUUGUCAGAGUUAAGCCUGUUUUUCUUAUGACGGAAAAAGUUCAGAAUUUAGUUGAAAACAUGAUUAAAAAUGCUACAGAUAUCUGGGUUAAGCCGUCAGUUCCGAGGAUUGGUGAAGUAAGAGGAAAGAUUGUUUUUGUUCAGAAAGACAGCUUUAAGCUAGGCAUUAUGUUGUCUGAAACUGACAAAGAAAAAGACUAUAUAGUAACUGAUGUUAAAGUCAAAGAGGAAAAGAUUAAAAAGCAUCUGGAAGUAGCUGCCGAUCAAUGUAGAACAGGUACUGCUCUGAGUCUGAGCUACUCGAGUGGCACGAGCUUAGGUAAGCUUUCAAUGAAGAUUUUUCAUUUCUGGCCAAAAAAAUUGGCAAAGCGAAUCAAUCCUUGGUUGUAUAAACAUCUUGAAAAGGAAUUUGAAAAGAAUCCCAAGCCUUGUUUUGGGAUCAUAGCCAUGGACUUUCCAGGUUUUGACUUGAUUCAAAAGGUCAUCAAAUUCAAUAGGCCUACCUAGGAUUUUUCAGUCUUUACUUUUUCCCAUGGUUUUAUCAAAAAAUUAAUGUUCUUUUUGCUUUCAUCAGAUAAUUGAGAAUGUUUACAAAUUAUAUAAUCAAUAUUUCAGGUGUGUUAUGUUAAUAAUAAUAAUUCUUUAUUGUCUUAUGGGUUUGGAACAACAUUAGCAUGAGCAAAUGAUGACAAAAGUUUCAUUUCUGGGUGAACUCCAAAAAAAAAAAAAAAAAAAAAGAGAGAGAGAGAAAAGAAAAAAAGGCAACAAGCUGGAAAUAAUAUACAGCUAUUAUGUCCAUAAAUGUAUAAACACACAUUUGCUGGAAAAUAAUGGCAUAAAAUGUUAAUUACUGAUUAGUCUGUCGUUUUAACACAUUCUUAACUGUCUGAUGUGAUGUAUGAUCAAUAUUUCUGCACUAAAUAAAGCAUUGCAAUCCCUGGCUCAUCAGCUUAUUGUUGAAGGUGACAAAGUCUACAUGAAAUGAUAAUGAAUUACUUUUUAAAUACAUGCUCUUGGUCAGUGGUGUAGUCUAGUUUUUUGUAGUGAGUAUACUGUGAUUUUUCCCUCCCAGCCUCAUACUCACCCGUCCCAGAGCAACACCCCAUAAGCACCACCCAUAAGCACCACCACACUUGCUAAUGCAUAUAGUAUGUAUCUGAUCUAGGCUACAUGUAAUUAAGAGCAUUCUGAAAGACUGCUUAUGUGUGUUUUAUCAACAUGUCAAUUUAUUAUAAGCAACACAAGACUUUAACAUCCAAUGACAUUUACAGCUGAAGAGACUCUGGACUGAUUUUCUACUGUUUAAUGUCAAUCACCAUCUAACUCAGCCAGUUAAGAUCUACAUUUAGCCUUAGAUGUUAUAUGAAUAUGGUCUCUGGAUCAUAGGUUUUAUCAGCUGGCAAGUUUCAAUGCACAUUUAACAGUGCAAGUUGCAACUAUUAUUACAAAAUGCUGGGUUAAAAACAACCCAAGUUGGGUUGAAAAUGGACAAACCCAGUGAUUGGGUUAUUUUAACCCAGCGGUUGGGUUAAAUGUUUGCCCAACGUGCUGGGUAGUUUUAUUUAAUCCAACUAUUGUGUAAAAAUUGCUGUAUUGCUUGCUUAAAAUGAACCCAAAAUAUGUUGGAAAUUAACAUUUAUUAAUAUUAAAUAUAAUAAUUAAACAAUAAACAUUUAUUAAAUUGUUUAUUAAUAAAUGAUCACCUUUUGAUUAUUAUUGUUGCUUCUAUAGUAAUUAUGUGUCUGAUUUUUAAUUUCCAACCUAUUUUGGGUUCAUUUUGGC